CCAUUGCUUCUUCUUUUUUCUCUCUCUCUUCUUCUUGUUUGGGUUUCCGGCGAUGGCGGUGACGAGUCGUGAGGAUUAUGUGUACAUGGCGAAGCUGGCGGAGCAGGCCGAGAGGUAUGAGGAGAUGGUGGAGUUCAUGGAGAAGGUGGUGGCCUCGGCCACUGAUGGGGAAGAGCUCUCUGUAGAGGAGCGCAACCUCCUUUCCGUGGCGUACAAGAACGUCAUCGGUGCCCGUCGUGCGUCCUGGCGCAUCGUGUCCUCCAUCGAGCAGAAGGAGGAUACCCGCGGCAACGCACAGCAUGUCGCUGCUAUCCGUGAGUGUCGAUCCCAGAUCGAGACCGAGCUCUCCAACACCUGUGCUCAAAUUCUGACGCUCUUGGACUCGUCACUGGUGCCUUCUGCCUCUGGGUCGGAUUCGAAGGUCUUCUACUUGAAGAUGAAGGGGGAUUAUCAUCGGUAUCUCGCGGAGUUCAAGACGGGCUCUGAUCGGAAGGACGCCGCGGAGAACACACUCUCUGCUUACAAGGCUGCUCAGGAUAUUGCUGUGCAAGAGUUACCGCCAACACAUCCCAUCCGGCUCGGUCUGGCACUCAACUUCUCUGUUUUCUAUUAUGAGAUCUUGAAUUCUCCUGACAGAGCUUGCAAUCUUGCAAAAAGGGCUUUUGAUGAAGCGAUUGCUGAACUGGAUACUCUUGGGGAGGAAUCAUACAAGGAUAGCACUCUCAUCAUGCAGCUUCUGCGGGACAACCUGACUCUUUGGACGUCUGAUAUGCAGGAUGAUGGAACUGAUGAAAUCAAGGAGACAACCAAACCUGAGGAUGAAAGCUAGAUUUGGGUGAUUGCUUUGACCAGGGUUCAUUUGCUUGCGCUACUCAUGUUGCAUAAGCAAAUCAAUGAUGUUUGGUAUGUGCCGCUUGUGAUUCUUGGGAGUUUUUAUCUCUCACAGUUUUAGUGGCCUCUGAAGUUCUAAUUUCCAGUUUGUGGAACAAACUUUUUUUUUUCUUUUUUUUAUGGUGCAUCAGUAGGCUUGCUGCUAUUAUGAUUCGAUUUCAGAUUGCUUGAGUUUGUCUUCUGGUUUU